CUUCGCUCCUGGUCUACUAGAGAGUGUGUUGUUGCAUAUCGCUUCAUCAUCAUAAGGCUAAACCUGCGUCGUGUCUGUGACACGGGGACGCCAUCCCCGUAAAGAUACAGGGCUCUACAGGGGUCACAGGGGUCUAGGACUCCGCUGACAACUCCAAUUCUAAUCGCCAGUGAGGAGAAAUUGAACAAAUGCUGCUCGUGCCCGACGAGGCUCGAUCACGUUCUGAUUCAACCUUAGGGUGUCUCAAUCUGCACACAAAGGUAGUCUCGUCAAGAUGCCUGCGGAUGUCGAGGUGAAAACAAAGUCCAAGCAUCGCAAAUCUACAUGCGCCGGCUGUCGUAGAAGAAAGUCAAAAUGCGACGGAAAGACGCCCAAAUGUACAACGUGUAUAGCGUACAAAGACGAUUGCCACUAUGAUAAGCCGCCGUCGCUUGCGUACGUAAGGUCGCUCGAGGAGGAAAUACAAGAGUUGAAAGCCCAACUACGGCAAGUCAAAACUCAAGUUUGGUUAUCAAGGGCCGGUCCUCAAGAAGAAAAGAAACUACCAGGCGCGUCGCCAGUAAGUGAGACCGCAGGCUCGCAAGGCUCGAGUGGCCUCGCGCAUCGCAAUCGCCAAGUGAAAUGGGAGACAGAUAUUAGUAUGGACGAGACUGGCACUGUCGCCUUCCAUAACUCGACCUCUCCCAUCUAUCAACCACCUUCGGCUCAACACCAGCAUUCUCCACUACCAUCCGCACAAACCCGGGCUACAGGAAGCGGCCAGGAUGAUCAGCGAAUGAGACGAGACCUUAUCCUCAAUGCAAACCACCAAAGACAAAUCGAACCUUUUGCCAUUGCCAAUGGGGCGGCCAAGGCAAAUGUGCCCAAGGAAAUCUCCCAUGAGAUGCUCAAGUAUCACUGGUGCUGGCAGCAUCCCCUAUUUUUGUUUGUUUACAGACCAGCUUUCACAAGGGGAAUGGCUAUGGUCGAUCUGAAUACGCCCGGAGCACAAGAUCCACCGUACUUCUCGGAGACACUCCUGAAGGUCAUUCAUGGUCAUUGCGCCAGAUUCCUGAAUCAUGAUGUAUAUCAAGACCAAUACCAUAGCGUCUUCAAUCAGCAGUCUUCCAUUGGUGGUUCAAUGAGCGCGGCAGAUUUCAUGCAGAAAAUGACCGACGAAGCUCGCUUUGGCCUGGGUAUGGACAUACUGAAAAAGCCAACCAUUCCGACAAUCCAGGCUCUACUUCAACAGUCGGCUCGUGACGUUAUGUUUGGGAAUGCCUCGCAAUCGUGGACUUUCGCAGGCAUAGCGUUUCGUAUGGCCUUGGACAUGGGAAUCCAUUUGCCCAGCGACCGACUUCAAUCGUUCGUGAAAAGUCUGACUGCAGAGGACAUUGAGGUUCGAAAGCGGCUCUUCUGGGGCUGUUACACCUGGGAUAAAAUAUUAUCUCUAUAUCUCGGCAGAAUGCCUGGCUUCACUCUGAAUACAGAUGAGGUGCCUCUGAACUUUAUGGACGAUUACAGCGAUAGCGACCUCUGGGUGCCAUACUAUGGUGAAACACCAAGGCCUGAGAUCCUCGACGCACCCAAUUACCCACCGUGCCCCGGCUACGUGGUUUCAUGCUUCCGUCAGCUGUGCAAGAUCUGCGUCAUAUUGAAUGAUGUUAUGCACAACAUUUAUUCCCCUGAAGCUGCGGCUAGGCAUGACAUGGAGGAAGAAGACCACUCAACAGAAGCCAAAGCAACCAAUGAAGCAAUUUUCGUCCGCAUCUCUCGGGAUCUGCGUGACUGGCUGAUAUCCUUACCUCCUCAUCUGAGGAUAAAUCCUGACCAGAUGCCAUCUUUGGCACCGCCGGUUCAUAUCAUGUCUCUGAACCUGUUAUAUCACACGACAAUCAUUCUCUUGCAUCGACCUGUUAUCCUUGGAGCACGCGACAUGAAUGCACCUGGACCUGCUCGAUCAUAUCAAAUGUGCAUACAGGCGACAGCAGCAAUCCACGAUUUGAUCAUGUUACAGGCCAACACCUUCGGUCUGUCACAUAUCUCGUAUUUGAAUGCUUACAGCGUGUACAUUGCCGCCACAAUCGCGGUCUCACGGUUUGAGCGAGAGUAUCGACCAGGGGAGGAUCAAGCAGCAGCUGUCCAGAAAAAUGGACUCGGUUUCCUGUUGGAAGUGCUACAGAAGACAGCAAAUGCCAUGCCAGCACUCGAACGAAGCAACGCCAUCAUCAGGAAGCGGAUGAAGGCGGUUCUGGACCGACAAAAGGCACAUGUCCGACCCAGCUAUUCGAAUGGUUCGACACCACCCAAGUUCAACAUUCCGACUCCAACAAGUCACCAGAUGGACCUUGCACAACCAACCGCCUUCCAAGCACUCUCUAACCCAGCCCUAGGUCAUUCAGGUUACUCGGGAUCAGAUACGCCUGGAUCGUUCAUAGCUCCCAUGUCCUGGCAAUCGGGUAUCAGAAGCAGUAUUUACUCGGAGCACACACAUGUACCGGACGACUUUCUGCCUGCUUUUCCAGGACAGCAAUUCCCAGUCGGCUCCGAGCACAGUUUUGGAAGUAACGAGGUCGAUUCACACGCGCGAACAGCAUUGUUGGGCUACAACCUGGAUCCGCAUCCGCGACUCAAUUCGGGCGACAUCGACUGGCAUUUUGUGGACGCGUUCGAAAACAACAACACGGGCCGUCUAUGAUCGCCAUUGUUCUGGGAUGUUUCCCAAAUUUGGCUCUAAAGGGGCGCAGGGCGUCUUUCGCAUGAGUCCGUGCGAGCUGCAAUUUAGCGAUUUUACAAAAAAACAACACACGAGAAAGGUUCUACAACGGAUUUAAUGUGACCAUGAAUGGAGGAAAAUGCUACGGAAAAGCAGGGAAGCACAAGUUUCUACCAAGCAACGGAGUAGGAGAGUCGGCAUUUCACGCUUGAACGGUACACUGUCAUUACUGCAACAUCAUGUAUGAUCUGCUUCGAAGCGUUUGGCGUUUCCUUGGACUUGGACGGGAACAACUUGCAAAGCGCGGUCUGGCAGAGCAUCAUAGAAUACAAUAAUAACAAUCCCA